AUGGAUAAAGUCAAGAAUAUAAUAAUCAAUCGAUCGCAUUAUGUACAUCCACAACCACCCCAUCUCCCUUCCCUUCACCUAUACCGCACCACACUUCGAUUUACACGAAAUCCCAAACAAUUCCCGUUUCAUUAUUUACGCGAAAAAACCAAAUUCAACGUUCGUGAGUUAUUCGAACUAUAUCGCGAGGAAAAAGAUAUAGAGGAAUUAGGGAGACUAGUUGUUCGUGGACACCAGGAUUUAGAGUUUUUGAAAGCUUGGAUGUUUGUCGAUCCGGAGAUUCGUGCUCAGAUAUUUAGAGGAUUUGGAUCGGAAAAGAAAAAAGUGGAAGGCAAUGAAAAUCCUUAA